AUGCUCGCCGCCCGCGCGCGCUCGCACCGCACCGCGUCGUGCGCGACCACACACGCGCGCGCGUCGCGCGUCGCGCCCGCGCGCGCGCACCGCGAACGCCGCGCCCGCGCGCGCGCCGUUCCGGAAGGAGGUGACGACGCCGCGACGCCGGACUGGGCAAAAGAUCUCGUCCUCGACGAGCGCGGCGACUUGAUCGACGCGAAGACCGGCGAACCGCUGAACGAAUUCGGCGCCACGCGAUUCGACCUGUACGUCAGAGCGCUGCGAGGGGAGUACGACGCGCCGUAUGACACGAGCGAGCGCGACGACGGCGAAAUCAUGGAGACGAUACAACAAUUCCCGGCAAAGUACACGUAUCAAGUCGUGACGACGACGGAGACGGCGAGCGAGGAGGGAUUUGUCUCUGGAUUGGUCGAAAAGAUCGCGGGGGCGGCCGGGGAGGCGAAGGUGGAGGUGGAGGUGAAGCCGCGCGGAAAAAAGUACUCGUCGAUAUGGUGCACGAUGUUUGUGUUUUCGGCGAAGGAGGUGAGCGACACGAUACGCGAGAUCAAGGAUUACGACGCGCGGAUUAAGAUGUGCUUUUAG